AUGAGAUUAGAGGGAGAAAGCAGCAACUCAAACGGUACCUCGAGACCAUUCGCAAAUGGAUCCGGGGUUUCCCCUCUGCAUAAAGCUGCCUUGUCGAACUCGGCAAAUGGCACGAGACGGUCCUCGGUAGUCAUGAACGGGUCAUCGACUACAAAUGGGCAUUCGAAUUCGGGUGGCAAGCAGCGGAUGUCUUAUUUUGGCCACGACCGGGAAGAAGUGACGAGGAUAUUGAUACAGGCUUUGACGGACUUGGGAUACAAUGGUGCUGCGGGAAGCCUAAGCCAAGAAAGUGGAUAUGACCUCGAGAGUCCAACUGUUGCAGCAUUCAGAAAUGCUGUUCUGCAAGGAGAAUGGACAGAAGCAGAAGAACUGCUGUUUGGCGGGUCCACGGAGGAAGGAGGCGUCAGUAUCAACGGACCUGGGCUGGUCCUGCAACCUGGUGUUGACAAGAACGUAAUGCGGUUCUGGUUAAGACAGCAAAAGUUCUUGGAAUUAUUAGAACAACGUGAUACUGGGAGAGCUUUGAUGGUUCUUCGCUCAGAGUUGACCCCGUUGGACCAGGAUACCGGAAAACUUCACUUUCUUUCAAGCUUAUUAAUGUCACAAUCAAUCGAUGACCUCAAAGCUAAAGCAGACUGGGAUGGCGCGGAAGGAGCUUCACGGCAUCAACUGUUAUCUAACUUGUCAAAAUGCAUAUCCCCUUCGGUCAUGUUACCAGAACGCCGACUCGCCAUUCUUCUGCAACAAGUAAAAAGAAAUCAAAUUUCGAAUUGUCUUUAUCAUAACACCUCAACGUCGCCAUCAUUAUAUCAAGACCACGCUUGCCAACCGGAUCACUUUCCCAGGUAUCCUUCGAAAGAUCUCACCAAGCAUACUGGUGAGGUGUGGCAAGUCCAAUUCUCACAUGAUGGGAAACGCCUUGCAAGUUGUGGUGGCGAUGGCACAGUCAUAAUUUAUGAUGUCGAGUCAUGGGAUGUCCUUCAAAGUCUUACAAACUCCGAAGGCGGGAUAUGCUCAUUAGCUUGGAGUCCUGAUGAUACGAUGAUGGUUACGGUUGCGAUGGAUAAAGAUGCCAUUUUAUGGAACACGCUGACCGGAAACGUCAAAGUAAGACUACCUCGGUUUGGCCAGCCAGUCAGCAGCGUUGCGUGGGCACCAGACGGGCAAUCGUUCAUCACAGGGUGUCUCGACAAGGAAAAGAAUCUUUGCCAAUGGAAUAUCAGAGGCGAGCUCACCUACGACUGGAGAAGAGCACACCGAAUACAGGAUCUUGCCGUGUCUCCUGAUGGACACUUCCUGGUUGCCAUGGAAUGUGAAACCCACAUCUACGUGUACAACUUCGUUACUCGCGAGCUCGAAUAUGAGCUUGAUCUGACGACGAAACUGGCUUCUGUGAGCAUAAGUCAGAAUUCUCGGUAUCUACUCGCCCACAACGUGGCGGGCGAUGCUCGAAUGAUAGAUUUGGAUACUCGGGAAACGGUUCGAACUUUCAGGUCUGGUGAAAAGGCUGGGCAUUUUGUCAUCAGAGCUGCGUAUGGUGGUGCAAAUGAGAGCUUCGUUGUUAUUGGAAGCGAAGAUGGCCACGUCUUCAUCUGGCACAAGGAAACCGGUCAGCUGAUCGAGAAGCUCGAAGCCCACAAGGGGUGCUGCAACGCAAUAGCGUGGAGUCCCACCAACCCAUCCAUGUUCGCCUCCGCAGGCGACGACCACAAAGUUCGAAUAUGGACAGACAUGGCAGACAAACCAUUCAAGACAUUCCCCUUCUCGGAGUCCAAGUUCCGGUAA